UUAAGUUCCCUCGGAGAGCGACUCGAAUACCUUUGUUUGAAAACGCUAUUGCGUUUCCGUGAAUUCAAUCAAAGUCAACAACGUCAUUACGACUAUCGGUGGUAUUUAUCGAUAAAAACGGUGUAAUUAUCGCGAACUGUCUUUUUUUCUCCCCCACGAUAAUUGCAUUUUAAUGAGUCUUUAAGAGACUCGAUGAAAAUGUUUUACUUUAGGAGAACUCUACUUCUAAUAUUUUGUGGGAUAUGUUACGUAGUAGCAUCAUCCAAAGAGGCUUUGGCAGGCCCAGCAUUCAGCCAAACAUAUACAGUGAAAGGGACUUUGUACAUACCAUAUGCGGAAAUUCGUGAGCCUUUUUAUGCGUGGUACGACGGUACCAGUGGAUCAAGUCGGAUUGAUUACUAUGGAGGAAUGGUCAAAACCUAUCAACUGUCACACAAAGAACAGUAUGGAGCCAGCAUAAAAAUAGCACCUGUUACUACAGAGUCUGUCAUUAAUGAGGAUACGUGUCUUCAAGUGAAUGGCACUAAAGACAUGAAGAUAGAGCCUCAAAGUAUCCUCCCAGAUACACACGAGAUGAAGUGCAUUGGGGAAGAGAUGAUAAACGGGCUGAUGUGCGAAAAGUGGCGACUUGUACAAGAGAUCGGAGAGAAAACAAAUAAAUAUACACUCUGGAUACGCUAUAAGAAAUCACCCCGUGUCCCGCAACUAAAAGAACCUAUUCCUGUAAGAUACGAAAUGCGUGGAUUUAAUAGCCUUUUAGGUUCGCAUUACGAUCAUUAUUAUUUGGAUUAUGAUUGGUACUCCUCCGAAACACCCAGCUCGGAUGUCUUUAAAAUUACGGAAAACACCACAUGUGCCAGUUUCCCGGGUCCGGGGGAAAAUCACAUAUAUACUUUUAAUCCAAUGCGCGAGUUCAUUCACAACUACGAGGGUCAUGUGGACGAAGCGUUCGAUAACUUCAAAACGACCCACAAGAAACAUUACAGCAAUGACUUGGACCACAAGAGUCGCAAGGAAGUAUUCAGACAGAACAUGAGAUUUAUCCAUUCUACAAACCGUGCCAAUUUGGGCUAUCAGUUGAACGCGAAUCACUUAGCAGAUCGCACUGAUCUCGAGAUGAGGGCUUUACGAGGCAAACAAUAUACCAAAGGUUACAAAGGCGGAGCACCAUUCCCGCACGAUAUCGAAAAAGAGAUUGCAGAUGUUCCUGAUUCUGUAAACUGGGGACUGUAUGGUGCUGUGACACCAGUCAAAGAUCAGUCCGUUUGCGGUUCUUGCUGGAGUUUUGGUACUACCGGAGCGGUAGAAGGUGCAUAUUUCAUGAAGUACAACAAAUUAAUAAGCUUAUCUCAACAGGCUCUUAUCGAUUGUUCGUGGGGUUUUGGGAACAACGGUUGCGACGGUGGAGAGGAUUUCCGUGCGUAUCAGUGGAUCAUGAAGCACGGCUUACCUACCGAGGAGGAUUACGGUGAUUACUUGGGACAGGACGGAUAUUGUCAUAUAAAUAAUGUGACGACGACAGCUAAGAUCACGGGUUACGUAAACGUUACUCCAAGCAGUGUGGAUGCCUUGAAAAUCGCUAUUGCCCUGCACGGGCCCAUUUCCGUUGCUAUCGAUGCUUCCCACAAGACAUUCUCCUUCUACUCUCACGGAGUGUACUACGAUGCAGCUUGCGGUAAUACUGAAGAUAAAUUGGAUCAUGCCGUCUUGGCCAUUGGUUACGGCACUUUGCUCGGAAAAAACUACUGGUUGGUGAAGAAUUCCUGGUCAAAUUACUGGGGCAACGAUGGCUAUAUUCUCAUGGCACAGAAGGAUGACAAUUGCGGUAUUCUUCUUACUCCCACAUACGUUACUAUGUAAGGAUGUUCCUAUUUCUAAGAGCUGGUCGUUCAUCGCACCAGAGGCUCUCUAAUAUUAAUCUAAUAAAAAAAAAUGCGCAAAUAUAUAGGUGAAGUGUCGAGCAUAUUUCAGACUCUCAACUAUGUCUAGCUUACGAUGAACGACGUGAGCUCUGUGAAGUGAAUUUGUUAAAGAUUAUUACUUUCUAUGUGUUACAAAGGAAAAUCUGUAAAAUGUAUAUAUAUAAAGGAAAAUAUAUACAAAAUAUUUCGUAAUUAAAA